AUACGCAGUAUAUAUAUGAAGCGGGCAGUGGAGGCGGCGGGCGGCAGUCGGCGCUGGUACGGUCUCGGGUGUCGGACGAGAGCUGCUCGUAUCCGCUCCACAGCGCGCAUUCCCCCCUCGACUCAACAUGGCUGACCAGCUGACUGAGGAACAGAUUGCUGAAUUCAAAGAGGCAUUCUCCCUCUUUGAUAAAGAUGGUGAUGGCACCAUCACAACGAAAGAGCUGGGGACUGUCAUGAGGUCUUUGGGACAGAAUCCAACUGAGGCAGAGUUGCAGGACAUGAUAAAUGAAGUUGAUGCUGAUGGUAAUGGAACUAUUGACUUUCCUGAGUUCUUGACCAUGAUGGCCAGGAAAAUGAAAGACACAGAUAGUGAGGAAGAAAUUCGCGAGGCGUUCCGUGUAUUUGACAAGGAUGGUAACGGCUACAUCAGUGCAGCAGAGCUGCGUCACGUUAUGACAAACCUAGGGGAGAAAUUGACAGACGAAGAAGUAGAUGAAAUGAUUAGAGAAGCAGAUAUUGAUGGAGAUGGCCAAGUCAACUAUGAAGAAUUCGUACAGAUGAUGACUGCAAAAUGAAGACGUUCAUUACCUUUCCCCUUCCUAGAAAAAAAACAGUUGAAAUCUUUUACUUACCUCUUGCAAAAUGUUCAUUUAUUCAUUCUGUUCCUGUAUAGCAAAAAGUUACUGAAUGUCAAAGAAAACAACAAAAAAAAACCUGUCCACAAACUCUGCAUGUAAUGAUCAGUGGUCCUGUCCCCAGAGAUCUUCAAGCCAUGCAUCAGUCAAACUUGUACUACCUUCAAAACAAAACAAGCACUUGGACUCUAUGAAGUUCCAUGCUAAUUAAUACACUGUUUAGGCUGGCCAGUUUUUCAUGCAUGCAGCUUGACAGUUGAGCACAGCCUGGCUCUGUUGAUUCCACUUUUAUGUUCUUUGUGGGAAUAGUUUAGUUUUUUCCAGUUUGUAUAUUGUAAUGGGGAUGAUUGUUCUGAAGUUGGUUGGGUUGAUAUUUUUUUGAAUGCCUUGGCAAGCGAAAAAACAAACCACCGUUGCUUAGAAGGUUGUAAUUACAUGACAGUCCCUGGAGUGGAAUUGUUUUCAUACUUAACCGUGUGCUCACAAAUUACCAGGUUUGAAGAUCUUAAUAAAUAGAUAAAUUAAAAAAAAAAA